UCCUGUUUUCCUUUCAUAACCAGAGCUGUAAUAAAUAGGUGUCUUGGACUCGACAACAAACAUUCCAUUUUUGAAUCCAGAGAGCCUGACAGUGUGCCAUGAUGCUUCAUCUUGCAGGUCUGGUCGGACUUCUGCUGGUUCUAACAGCUGAGGCCAAAGUUGGAAACUCCUCUCUGUUAGAGAUCUGUUCUGAGACUGAGCAGUGCCUGCUGUAUGAUCCAAUUUGUAAGGACAACUACGAAGUGCGUCACUACGAGUCUGUGAAAUGGGUUUCAACUACCGUAAAACACCGCUUCAUGGAUAUGGCAAUGGUGAAAGCAUUCAGAAAACUGUUUAACUACAUACAGGGUGAAAAUGAAGCAGGAAUGAAAAUUGAAAUGACUACUCCUGUUCUUGUGAAAAUUCCUGACAAGAAGAUAUUCUUUGAAGAGACUGACUACACAAUGAGUUUUCUGCUGCCAGCCGAGCAUCAGAUGAAUCCUCCCAGUCCCACUGAUGAAAACGUGUACAUCCACGAUACCCCAGAUAUGAAAGUGUACGUGUUGAGCUACGGUGGCUGGAUGAUGAGCUGGAUUGACCAAAUGAAGGCAAAGAAACUGGGUGAAAUGCUUGACUCAAAUAAAGCGAAAUACAAAAAAGGAUUCCAUUAUGGUGUUGGGUAUAACAGUCCAAUGAAGCUGCUCAACAGGCACAACGAGGUGUGGAUGGUUGUGGAGGAUGAGCAUGUGUGCUAACUGGAAAAAUCUCCUUCCUCUGUGCAACGAUGGCGUACUGCAGGCGGUGCAUAUGGAGACGUUUUGCAGCUGAGCAUUGCUUCUAGUCAUGUGCCAUAUAAAUAACCUGUCGGUGAGAGCACAGAUCAAAAAAUGUGUAAAAGUUAAAUAAACUGCUACUUGUGAUAAUGGUUUUGUAUUAGCCUGUACCUUUCUUUGAUAUUCAAUAAAGUUUCCACUUUGCAGUCA